GACAUCUUCUCUCACCGCGAUUGUUUCGAUUGUCACGUACGAUACCGUUGAAGAUAUUUAUUUGUAGCAAUGGCUGUACCGGAUUAUAAACUUAGUGCAGUUUUAUAUGGCCAUUCCUUAGACGUGCGAUGUGUGGCGAAGACCAAAGAAUCCUGUAUAUUGUCUGCCUCUCGCGACCGAACCGCAAAAUUAUGGCACCCUGAAGGGGUUAAAGAUUUCAUCAACGCAGUCACAUAUAAAGGGCACAAAAACUUCGUGUCGUGUAUUUGUUGGCUGCCGCCUUGCGAAGCUUUUCCGGACGGCAUCGUAGUGACCGGCAGCAACGACAAUACAAUUUUAGGCUAUAACUUGCAAGAUGGCAGCAUCGUGUUGACCCUGGAAGGUCAUGAAAACGCCGUGUGUAGUGUUACACCGGGUUCUGACUCAGGAAUUUUGUUAAGUUCAAGUUGGGACAGCACAGCUAAAGUAUGGAAUGUGAACAAUCCCCAUGCCACUCCUGUAACAUUGAAGGGGCACCAGGCCGCAGUGUGGGCAGUGGUGGAGCUGGGUAAUGGGACAUAUGCCACAGCCUCGGCUGAUAAAACCAUUAAGCUGUGGAAAAAGGAUGGAUCUCUUAUAACCACACUGGCAGGUCACACUGACUGUGUGCGAGGGCUGGCCGUGGCUGGUCCGGACUCGUUCCUUAGCUGCUCCAAUGACGCCUCCAUCAGACUGUGGGCUAACAAAGGAGAGUGCCUUAACACUUACUACGGACAUUCUAAUUAUAUUUAUAGUAUAAGCAUUCACCCGGGCCUGAACGGCUGGGCGACGUGCGGCGAGGACGGCUCGGUGCGACUCUGGUCCGCCGGGGACUGCGUGCGAGAGAUCCGCCUGCCAGUGCAUUCUGUCUGGAGCGUCGCUUGCAUGGACAAUGGAGACAUUGUUACGGGUUCCAGCGACGGCUUAGUCCGGGUCUUCACCAAGGACCCGGCGCGCUACGCCGACGAGGCGACGCUCAAGCAGUUCGAAGAAGACGUUGAGAAGCUGGCAGCCGCCUCACAGCAGGAGAUCGGAGGGUACAAGCUCUCUGAAUUGCCCGGCCCUGAAGUCCUACUGGAGCCUGGCAAAACGGACGGUCAGACCAGACUGGUCCGUCGCGGCACCAACGUGAAGUGCUACUCGUGGAACGCGGCCGCCGGCAGCUGGGACGAGGUCGGCGACGUCAUGGGCGCCAACCCGUCCACCGAGGGCAAGACCAUGUUCCAGGGGAAAGAGUACGACUUCGUGUUCAGCGUGGACAUCAAGGAGGGCGCUCCGCCGCUGAAGCUGCCGUUCAACAAGACCGAGGACCCCUGGGUCGCCGCACAAGCCUUCAUACACAAACAUGAUUUGCCUCAAGUGUACUUAGAACAAGUUGCAAACUUCAUCAUCACUAAUGCCAAGUUGGAUUCGCUCCCCGCUCCAAGUAAUGGGUACUUCGACCCGUUCACGGGCUCGUCGCGCUACGUGCCGGGCUCGGAGCCCCUUGCGGCCGGGCUGCCCGCGCCCGCCGCCGCCGACCCCUUCACCGGCGCCGCCGCGUACUCCACGGCAGCGGCCGCGCAGACGCAACAAACCCUGCAAUCCAACGAGAAACCGCUCAUACCGCACGACGCUUACAUCAGAUUCGAUCAAGCGAACCUAACUGCGAUCCACGACAAGCUAAAAGAAUUCAAUAGUAAGGUUGGAGAUGGACUGAGCGCCCUGACUGAACAACAACUAGCUGAUAUUGUUAAAUUAGGUGAACUGAAUAGCACUUAUAAUCCCGAAACCAUAGCCUUAUUGAAGAAAACUUUAGAAUGGCCAAAAGAAAUCCUCUUCCCGGUAUUAGACGUGACGCGGCUAGCAGUUAGAAAUAAAGAAGUCAACGGUCAAAUAUUCGACACGACGUACGGGCCGGACUUCGUCAAAUACUUAUUGACUUUGUUAGCUCCAGGCAAUAUCCCGGCGAACCAAAUGCUAGCGAUGCGGGUUCUAGUGAACGCGUUCAGCGACCUGCCCGGCGAGAUGUUAGUACUGGCCGCUCGUGAAUCCGUCGCGCACUGCAUCAUCUGUCUCACGCAGCUCAGCGCCAACGCGCAGAUAGCAGCGGCAUCUCUGUUAUUGAACUUGUCGGUGGCGCUGGCGCAACAGAGCGACUCCCCCGACCUCGCCGAUUGCAUCCUCAACCUGCUUAGCAAGAUUACUGACAACGAAGCCUAUUUCAGAGGGUUAGUCGGCCUCGGCACGCUCCUCGCCGAGGCGCCAAACCGUCUCGUGAUCCAGACCAAAAUCGUGUCCAACACCGCCGUGCACAACCGCCUCAAGCGGGACAGCGGCGACGCCAACAAGGUCGCCGUGUGCUCCAGGCAGAUCCUUAGCCUUUUAUAAUAUUUACAAGCAUUUGUAAAUACUAACUAUAAAAUAUAGGGUCGUUUGGAUCCGGCAAGACUCGUAACCGGUUUAAAAUACACCUUUUAAUACCGAUUUAUUCUUGUUCCACUUUUCCUUGAGAACGCGAACGUAUUAACCUUUGACGUUAUUCAUAAAAGCUUGUAAACUCUAACAAACCGUUGAUGAUCGUUUGUCCCUAUCCGUCAUUUUGAGAUUUCUGUUAGAAAGAGACAACAUUUAAAGGAGGUUUGUAAGAGGUUGCUAAGUUUUAUGAAUACGUUGCUUUAUCUUUCCUAAAUUAACCGGUUCAUAAGGUUCAUUUGAUAAACAGGGGGAACGGACGGCGGGCGGGUGGUAAAGUACGAGUUUUCGGCCUGUUGUUGUUUAUAACGACUUACCUAAUUGAUUCUAAACCGGUUAAACCUAAAUAAAAACUAUAAAGAAUAACUCUUCAAACCGGAUUAGCAAUAACGGAUUUUAGAAUUAACGAAACCGAAAUAUAAUAACGAAAAAAUAUGUCAAAUAUAAUUAUAACGUUUGUAAAUUUAACCGUACCCGAGCCAUGGAUUGGUAUUCUGAAUCAGAGAGUAUUAACCUUUUGGACGCCAAUGACCGAUAUAUCCGCACCGCAGGUUCAACGCCAAAGACCGAUUAAUCGGUCACAGACCACAGAGCAACACCAGACCUACAUGCAUAUGCAUAAAGUUCAAUUUCAGUUUUGACACUUCGGUGACGUGGCGUCCGAGUGACAGCUUUUGUGUUUGACACGGCGUCGAAAAGGUUAAUUACAUGACAUGCAGUUUCGUUCGAUUAUUUACUAGUAUAUGGUAAGUCACAGUUAUCUGGAGUGCUAGGAGAAAAGGUCUCACAAUAAUGCCAACGGAAGGAGUAAUAAUUAUUAUAUAAUGUAAUAUUCAUUUUUUUAUGCUAACUAAUCUAUCUACUGCCAGACUGUGAUGAACUUUUAUAAAAUAAUAACAAUGUUCAAAGACUUAAAGCAAUUGUGAAAUGUCAUGUUCCGGUUUGUGUUAUGCUUUUCGCUGUAAAAUAUUCUCCAUAAGGCUGUUAAUGUUAGCGAAUAUUUUUCGCUUAAUUCUUACUAAUAGUUGACUUGCCUAUAGCAAUUGAACACUUAUGGCGUUAUUGAUAAACGCACUACAAGCCUCAAUUAGCUAUUAAUUAAAUUUGUCCUAAUCUGUCAUUUUGACUUAUGUAUAUGGAAGAAAGGGAUAAAACAAAUUAACUAAUUGAGACUUGGAAAGUUAUAUGAAUAAGGGGGUUAAUAUCUAUGCCUAAAUAUAUGUGGGUCAUAAAAUAUUCACAUUUUAAAGCAAUAAUUUUCGUACAUGUACCGAUCACGUGCCCAGUUUUGAAAGAAACACAAACUUUAUAUAUAAACACUAUUUAAUGAUCUUAUUUAAUAUGUAAUAAAGUUAUAAUACAUAAUUUACAGUUGCUACGUAUCGAUAACAGCGGUGUUUAUGUUCAAUAGCAAAGAUUAAAUAAUUUUAAUAUAAAAAUAA